AUGUCAAACGCUGUUAGUAGGGGGCCGCCUGGGGGGAGAGGAAAGCCCAAUCAAAAUCACAAUGCUGGUGGUGUUCCCGAUCAAGGGCAACAAUUUGUAAUGCCAGUAGUCCCACAGCAAGGACAGGGUUAUCAAAGAUACCAACAAAAUCAGAUGCAGCAGCAAGGGUAUCAACAACCCUAUCAACAACAAUACCAACAUCAGCAAUAUCAACAGUAUCAGCCACAUUCGCAGGCUCCUCCAUAUCAACAACAUGCACAACCACCUCAGCCAUUGUAUAGUCAUCAGCCUCACAUGUACAAUCAAAGCUAUCAGUACCGAGCUCCUCCACAACAAUAUAUGCAAGACACUGUCACUUUUCCACAACCUUCACAGCCUCCCAUGACAGCUCCUGCACCGGCAGAGAAACGACAGAGGAAACUCCUCGAGAUCGUGGAUCCAAAUACUAAGAAAGCUAUAGAAGUGACACCACUUCAAACACCGACUGCUCCGGUGAUUCCUGCUGUUCCACUCGACCCAGAAGACGAGAAGAAGAAGGCAGAAUUGAGUCAUCAAUUAAAAGAACAAGUCAGACAGCGGUUCACAUCCACAAAUACGGACGAUGGACAUCAAUCGAAGUCGCCUAAUCUACAAGGAUCGGGUCCGCUUCCAAACUUCAGUCAGCCACCUCCAUCGAUUUCGAGCUCUCAUCCAGUCGCGGAAGUCGUUCCAGAAGUCACUCAACCGGCUCCUAAAACUCCAGACGCUCAGACCAAAGUGGAAGCAGGAGCUCCGCCAGCAGAGCCUGUUACGCCAGUCUCUUCACCACAAUCUUCUGAGACGACGAACACAACACCAGCCAGUGGCACUGCUGAAUCUGCCGUCGCUGGACAUGAAGCUCGUGUGACUCCUACCCUCCAGAAAGAAGAGUCGAAGGAGGAAGACGACGACGAUAAGUUUGAUGAGGUGGACCGCAACGAAACACCAGAUCUCACUGAGUCACAAAUCGAAAAGACACCAGAAGAACUGGAAGAAGAGAAAGCGCAGAAGGAAGCCGAAGAGAAGGAGAAAAGGAGAAUCAGAGAAGAAAGUCUUGAAAAGAAACUCGAAGAACUUGUUGCAUCCGGCGAUGCCAACAUCGAGAAGGGAUACUUUGCAAGAGAUUUCAUGAUCACGAUGCGAGCACUCGAAAAGGAGUUCGCUCGUACUCCAUGCCCACUAUCUCAACAGCAACUGAACGAUUUCGGUUUGGAUAUCAAGACGAUGCAAAUUCCACAAAACAAAAAGACGAAUUUCACACCACAAUGGAUGCCCAACAACAAAGGAAAUCGCCAACAGAACCCAUAUCGCGGACGAACUACUACAGAUGGAACAGGCCGUGGAGGACAGCAACAGAGAGAUCGUGGAGGCCACAACAAACGGCCACCACCGGUGAGAGCGUCCAUCGAGCGAAUUCCGCGUGUCACUCUUGCUUCAUCCAAAGAUGCAUGGAAGCCAGACAGACAGAAAACAGCUGAGGAUAUCAGUGCAGAAGAAGCUGCUGUCAAGGAAGUCUGCAAGAAGGUACGUUCACUGAUGAACAAGGUCACACCAACAUCGCAAGGCCCAUUGACGGCAGAGUUUAUCUCCUACAAUGUUUCGUCCAACGAAAGUCAGUUGACACAAGUUGUCGGAAUCGUUUUCGAUAAGGCCGUUGAGGAGCCGAAAUUCUGUGCACUUUACGCAGAAAUGUGCAAAGCCCAAGUCACCCACGAACUCGCGAAAAGUAAUGGAAAAUCUGCAUUCCGAAACACCAUCCUCACGAGAACACAGUCGUUCUUCCAAGAUAAAAGAGAUAUUGAUGCGGAGAAAUUGGCAGUUAUUGAGAAGGAAGAGGAUCCAGUGAAACGGGAGGCUAUGCUCAUCGAAGAGAAACAAAAGUUCAGAAGGAGGAAGUUCGGAGUGAUGGCUUUCAUCGGAUAUCUCUAUCGUAACAAUCUCCUUUCCACCAAGAUCGUUCAAUCUUGCUCGCUGGAAUUGUUCGCAUCAAUUCUCCCGAAGAAAAUCGAUGAGAAAGAACAGCUGUUGAAUAAAGAGGACUUCGAUGAGGAAUCAAUUCACUGCGGUCUCCAGCUUAUCGAAACAGUAGGAGUUAUUCUCGACAAGUCCAAGGACCCAGGACCAGCGUUCCUAGAUCAAUGGUUCAAGAAGCUUGAGGAUGCUAAGCCGCUUUGUUCGAACAAGAUCCGAUUCAUGAUUAUGAACUUGAACGAGUUGAGAAAAGACAAAUGGGUUCCAAGAAAGUCGGUUGAGUCUGGACCAAAGAAGAUCGACGAAAUCCACAAGGACAUCCGCCAAGAGAAGAUUGACAAUGAGAAGGCUCGCGAUCAGUAUGACCGCGACCGUGAUCGUCGCCACGGAGGAGGCGUUCGUCAAAGCAGCAACUCGUUGAGAAAGCAAGUCCCAGUCUCAAGGAACUCUUUGGACAGAAACCGAGCUCCAGACCAGAAGAGAGCGCAAGCAGCUGCUAACACCAAGCUUGCUUCAUCAAAUGUUCAACCAAAAAACAUUACUCUGUCGAGUGCAAUUGGAGACCAAUCGCUAAGAACGAAAACUUCCUGGUCAGGCGGAGCUUCUGGAGGUGGAAACGCAGCUGAAUCGACCGCGGCUCCAGCAGCAGCAGGAGGAAAAGCAUGGGGACGUCGCGACUCGAAUGAUCAGCGGAAGAAAUCUGCCAUCGAUGAGAAGCAAGCGAGUUUAGCUGCAGCUAGAGAGAUCGGAAACAUGACACUCUCUGCACGACGAUCCGCAUCUCAAACAUCGAUUCCAGACAAGGUUGACGAAGGAUUGACGGAUGAAGAGAAGGCUCUCCGCGCAAAGAUCAUGAACAGUGUCAAAUCUGAUAUUCAAGAAGUUGUCAGCGAAGACUUGUCACAACAAGAGAUGGCUGAUUCGUUCAGUAAGGACUAUGUCGGCAGCGCAAAAUAUGGAAAUCCAUCAUUGACGGUCGUUUAUGAGAUGAUCAUUCGAGCUGUCAGUGAGAAAAACAUGAAGGAAGAGGAGCGGAAAAAACUUGCCUGUGUCCUCCGUAUGUCACUGGUGUCCGACGCCGCGAAACAGUCUUUCAUUGACGGAGUAACUCGGUUCUGCAAAUUCGCUAUCGACACUGAGCUCUACCAAGACUUCCCUCAAAUCUGGAAUGUGACCGGUGAAGUUCUCAUGAAUACAAUGCACGUGCACCAUGAGGUGAUAGGAGAUUCUGAAGUCAAGACGAUAUCGUUGACUGACAUGAAGUCAGCUUUCCUGACGGCUAAAAUCGAAAAAAGAGACAACGUUAUGUCGUUCGUUCUAUUCGUGGAAGUUAUCAAGCGAUGGACUGAUGCCGAAAUCGCCGAAACUGGAGCAGUGGAAGCUCUCGCUUGGGAGUUCCAAGAUCUCCCAUACCGAGAGAAAAUGGAGAAGGAGGGACUACGGACGGAAAUGGACACGGUGAAGGCGAGCAACGGAAAGACGUUGUCCAGUCUUCUGUCG